UGGCCAGUCUCUGUCAUUGUCUUAUGAGUAAAAGCCAGAAGAGAUGAUGUUGCUGCUCCCUGCUAGUCGCUUUGUCUUUAGACGAAGGCCACAUCAACGUCCCAGCAAGAAGUAGUGGCAUGGACUCACAGGGUGCCAUUUUGCACGACGACAGUGUGUCCCUCAGAGGAACCUCGGCUCCAGGAUACUCAGCCGGGCAUUCAGGGAAUGUCGAAGCCUUCAGAGCCCAUGACGCCAAGCCAGUUUCAGGACUGGCGGAAGAGUCUAUGUGCGUGCCCAGCACCGAACCACGAUAGCCUGGUGUCACCUGAGCACCAGAAUCAGGCACAGGACUCAAUCCGUGAUCAGAACCCAAACCGGAACCCAAAGCAACCUCUUGGGUCACGCCAGUGUCAGGAACAGGUUCAAGAAGUCAACCCAGAUCAGGACACCAGCACGGCUGAGGCUUGGGUGGAUGAGGAGGUGGAGGAGGUGGAGGAGAAAGGCAGAUGUAUCCCGGCUGUGAUGAUCACUCAGGCAGAUGAGAGCCGGUGCCCCAUGGUGAAUCAAGGAGAUGCAGCAACCCCAGUUACAGAGAGUGUGAAGGGGCCAGUGGAGCCACAUUACCUGGUGAUCGGUCCCAGUCUAACUACAGGCCCCAGUCUUACUACAGACCCCAGUCUUACAACAGACCCCAGUCUAACUACAGACCACAGUCUUACUACAGACCCCAGUCUUACUACAGACCCCAGUCUUGCAACAGACCCCAGUCUUACUACAGACCCCAGUCUUACUACAGACCCCAGUCUAACUACAGACCCCAGUCUAACUACAGACCACAGUCUUACUACAGACCCCAGUCUUACUACAGACCCCAGUCUAACUACAGACCCCAGUCUUACUACAGACCCUGGUCUAACUACAGACCCCAGUCUUUCUACAGACCCCAGUCUUACCACAGAACCCAGUCUUACAACAGACCCCAGUCUAUCGACAGACCCCAGUCUUACAACAGACCCCAGUCUAACUACAGACCACAGUCUAUCGACAGACCCCAGUCUUACAACAGACGCCAGUCUAACUACAGACCACAGUCUUACUACAGACCCCAGUCUAACUACAGACCCCAGUCUUACUACAGACCCCAGUCUUACUACAGACCCCAGUCUAACUACAGACCCCAGUCUUACUACAGACCCCAGUCUUACUACAGACCCCAGUUUUGCCACAGACCCCAGUCUUACCACAGACCCCAGUUUUACCACAGACCCCAGUUUAAGUCUUACUACAGACCCCAGUCUUACUACAGACCCCAGUCUUACAACAGACCCCAGUCUAACUACAGACCCCAGUCUUACUACAGACCCCAGUCUUACUACAGACCCCAGUCUAACUACAGACCACAGUCUUACUACAGACCCCAGUCUUACUACAGACCCUGGUCUAACUACAGACCCCAGUCUUUCUACAGACCCCAGUCUUACCACAGAACCCAGUCUUACAACAGACCCCAGUCUAUCGACAGACCCCAGUCUUACAACAGACCCCAGUCUAACUACAGACCACAGUCUAUCGACAGACCCCAGUCUUACAACAGACCCCAGUCUAACUACAGACCACAGUCUUACUACAGACCCCAGUCUAACUACAGACCCCAGUCUUACUACAGACCCCAGUCUAACUACAGACCCCAGUCUUACUACAGACCCCAGUCUUACUACAGACCCCAGUCUUGCCACAGACCCCAGUCUUACCACAGACCCCAGUCUUACCACAGACCCCAGUUUUACCACAGACCCCAGUUUAAGUCUUACUACAGACCCCAGUCUAACUACAGAACUUAGUCUCAAUCCCUGUCGGAGUGAUGGAGGAGACCUACUGGCCUGCUGUGAUCUGCUGUCCCUGAAGAGUGACACUGUUUCCCUGGCCAGAAGCGAUGCAGAUGGCCAGGAAGAAGACACCAGAAGUGUUGCUGCCUCGUCUGUCAUGUCUGUGUUCCCGAGGAUUCAGUUAGAUCCCAUGGAGAAGGACUGGCUACGAUCCUGUGCACUCGGGAACACCGCUGCUCUCCGACAGCUCCUCACACAAGAGCCCAGUCUGGCUGCCAAGAAGGACUUCAUUACUGGGUUUACGGCACUCCACUGGGCAGCCAAGCAGGGCCGCGUGGAGGCGGUGGACAUGAUGGCUCGCGCCGCCGCCACCGUGGAUGUCAACGUGAGAUCGCCCACUGCCUGGUUAUGAUGUGAUGUGCACGCCCAGGAGAUAAUGUUUAAGCCCCACCAGAGCAAAGUCAACCAGACAAGUCAGUUAUUGGCUCUAUAAUUACAUAAUUAACUUUUUGUCUCUAAUGGUUACGGGGGUAAUGGGUCUGAUAAAAUGGCUUCUCAGAUGAAGCAGAAAGAAAAUCAAAAAUCAAUAAUCCAUAGAAUGACAUUAAGACCUGAAAAAGUGUUGGAUUCGCUUAACACACUCUAUUCACUGGAGGCAGUUUAAAGGGUUUUGUAGCUUUUUCUUUUGCUGGUAAUUUAUUUCAUCUGGGUGUAUCUGUUUGUGUAACACCCUAAAUCUGCUUUCAUCUAAGAUUAACUGUGGGUCUAAGCCUUUAAAUACCAAUUUAGACAAAAUAUAAAUGCCAAUAUUCUACAAAAAUAACUAAACCUUGUGUUGGUACCAUUUCAUGAGCUAAAAUAAAACACACCAGAAAUUGUCCAUGUGCACAAAAACUUAUUUUUUUGUGAUUUUGUGUGAUUUAUUUGGAUGAAUUAUAGACAAUUAAGUUGUUGUCUAGGCUAAAAACAAAACCUCCCAUAAAACACAAAUGGAACUAUACAAAAAAACACACACUGCAACAUGAGUCAGCAACAGCCAAUACAUUUUCAGAAUUUACAAUUUUCUGCUGUUGGUGAACUCAAUGUUGCUGCUAGCAAACCUUGCUAACAUUGAUGACUCCUCCACUCAAGAUGUUAUAACCAUAACAAGUGAAGGAACUUAACUAAGAUGUAGCAUGCCUAGUUCAUUUUAGUCCAGAUUAUCUCUUAUUAAUAUACAUUUCUUUAAAUAUAUUUAUCUGAAAAUGUACAUUGCAAACAUCAUGUAAAUACUAAUUUUCCCUUUUGUUAUAUCCUGCCCUUCAUAUGAAACAAUCCUGGCCAUCUCUACUCAGCAUGGGGUAAGUCAUAUGGUGAUUUUCAAAUACACCUCUGAAAUGAGUCCAUAGUAACGGACUCAUGAAUAUGGUGAGCUGUCGUGCCUUAAAGUGAUAUCCCCUGGUAUGUGUGGAGGGAAAGGGAGUUUGGAUGGAGGAUUCAUAACAGACAUGCAGAAGGAAGCCGUUUCCAGUCUGCCCACCGCAGGAAUCCAACAAAUGGGUUCAGGAGAGGGGUGGUGUCGAGUCAGCACAACAAACUGUGCGUUGCCAGUGAAUUACCACACAUGUCAGCAGUGUGAGAAAACACAAAACGGAAGGGAAGAAACAGCCUGCACUGUACUUUUGUUUUGUCAGGGAUCAGAAUUCGCAUUUUGAUAGUGGAAUGUUACAAACCGAAUUGAGUGGAUACAGCAAGCUACUUGCAGACUUCAUAUUUGCAGAUUUAUACAAAGCCAUGUUAUGGCUAACCCUGACUGUUCUCUUCCAGGAGACUUGGCACAGAGUACAUAUUUGCAGAUUUAUACAAAGCCAUUUUAUGGCUAACCCUGCCUGUUCUCUACCAGGAGACUUGGCACAGAGUACAUAUUUGAAAGGAGAGUAUAUUCACUCUUUAUCUGUUUUGACUUCCUGUUAGUCAGUGGACUCGUUUUCUUGGAUGCGUAAUGAAACUAUCCAAGCCAGCCAAUGACGGAACUGGUUUCCAACUGAGUUCACAUUCAUUGAUCUCGUCCUGCUCCCUCGACCCCUCCAGCUAAACGCCCUUUAGUACCGAUCUAAAGCGCAAAGUAUAUUUGAAAACAUAAAAGGGACUUUGACCUUUCAGCAAAUGUCAGCUGUUAUUUAGGUCAAAUGCAACAGGUAAAUAAGGGUCUCCUUCACCUUUCAAAAGUUACUGUAGCAACCACAAGUUAAUAAUAAUUAUAUUUAAUUUCUCAAAAUCCAUCGUCUACCUUUGCUGUAAUCCAUUCACACUUAUUUUCAGUAGCCAGUGGAAUGAAUGUACUCAAGACUCAUCUGUUAGGGAAGUGAUAAGAACAAAUGUAGAGGAAAUAAUGUGACAGUGGGAUGUCUGAUAUAUUGGUGAUCAGACGAUGUCCUGGGCCUAUUCUAAGUCUCUGUUGUGAUAAGAGCUUAGCGUGAUUGUGUCCCAGCUCCUCAUAAAGAGGGGUAGGGUUAGGUUUAGGUUUAGGGUUAGGUUUAGGGUUAGGGUUAAUCAAUGCUGACGUCAAAUUCUGUCCCUGUCGUCACUUGACCUCUCUCUGACGAAAACCCGAACUGUCUAGUUUCUGUGCUGCAUUGUGCACGAUUAUGACAACAGAGACAUACCCAAGGAGGAGGACGAUGGGGGAGGCCAGUAUCAAUGGGCACAAAUGAGCCGUGCGGUAGCCCACAGCAGAUUCUGCAGCUCAGACUGACGGAGUAAAUACACAGGAUCCAUUCACGUCAAAGCAAUGAAAUCACACCCAGUUAGGGAUCGUGUCAGACAGUACAGAUUUAGAGUGAUGCCAUAGGCUGACGAAGUGUCUGAGGCCUUGUCACAGUACAGAUCGUGAGAGCAUCGCCUCCUCAUAAGUUGUCCAGCCAUACCCAGACUCAAAAAACACACACGUGGCCCAUGUUGUGUUUUAAGGACCCCGGGGUGUCUGGGGGCAGCUGAGUCGGGGAGGACAAGCUAACGUUAAGGUCUGCAAUGGAAUCGAUGGAAUUACAUCAGACACGUCACCCGCGUGGCUUCCCUGUGUCUGAUAACCUUCCGUUCACUCCACUCCGGCCAUUAUUAUGAACCGUUCUCCUCUCACACUCUGCCGGUGUUCAGCACUGAUGGUGUGGUUUCUGUGCCUGUCUGUUAGGAACGACAUUGUUGCGGUGUGUUUGCGCUCUUGUCUCCUGGGCCGAUUGUUUACACUGCGUAUUUCUUCGAAGUGAGCGUUGUGUUAUUUUUGGUAGGGCUACACCGCACUUCACCUGGCGUCUAUACAUGGACACGACCACAUCAUCCAGCUCCUCAUCAACACCUACAAUGCCAGAACAGACAUAAGAGACUACAGUGGGAAGCAUGCAGUCCAUUACUGGAAAGGAAAUGCAGAUGUGUUCAACAAACCAGCAUCACAGUCAUGUGGGAAGUGGUCGUCCAAAAUAGGAAGGAAAACCCAGCGUUACACAAACCUGCCCUCCCUUCUGCUCUCGCGCUCCCGGAGCCAAGGGAACCUGCACAGCUUGGAGUUUGGGACUACACCUCAGACCCUCCGGACUCCACGCUCCCCGUCCAACAUUGACCUACACGGGAUUCCAUCCCCGCAGCUCUUUAGAGAUCAUUUCUAAGCAAUGAUCCGUAGCACAUUGAUAUUUUGGCUGUUUUCAAAAUGUUCUCUUGAGAGUUGCUCAUAACUACCUGUAGGUCGUCCUCUCUCUUGUAUAGAGAAGCCUUUUUUUCCAAAUAUAAUGUGUAUUUGUUUUAAUAUUAAUAUACAGUUCCAGUCAAAAGUUUGGACACAAACCUGGACACAGUGUGUCCAAACCUUUGACUGGGAGUGUACAUUAACUAUUUUGUUUACUUCAAAAAGUAUAUACAACCAGCGUUUUUAGGACGCUGCAUGAAAUGCAAAUAAAAACAGAAUGCAAUGUUGUGCAAAUAAUUUAUACCUGUAUUAUUGAAAAUAGUAC